UGUUUCUCUCUGUCUCUCCUUUUCCACUUAUAUUGUCAUUUUCACAACGCCAACUCUCUUCUCCCCAUUCGUCGCUCUGUUCUGGAAUUGAAGAAUCAGAUUGAUUAGAGCUAUGGCCAAUACAGCAGAUUCUGUGAAUCCGAAAGAUGUUUGCAUUGUGGGUGUUGCACGUACUCCAAUGGGUGGCUUUCUUGGAUCUCUUUCAUCUUUACCUGCAACAAAGCUUGGAUCUUUAGCUAUUGCAGCUGCUUUGAAGAGAGCUAAUGUUGAUCCAGCUCUUGUUCAAGAAGUUGUGUUUGGGAAUGUUCUUAGUGCUAAUUUGGGUCAAGCUCCUGCUCGUCAGGCUGCUUUAGGUGCAGGGAUCCCUAACUCUGUUAUCUGUACCACUGUCAACAAGGUUUGUGCAUCAGGCAUGAAAGCGGUAAUGAUUGCUGCUCAGAGUAUUCAGUUAGGGAUCAAUGAUGUAGUUGUGGCUGGUGGCAUGGAAAGCAUGUCUAAUACACCAAAAUAUUUGGCAGAAGCGAGGAAAGGAUCUCGAUUUGGUCAUGAUUCUGUAGUAGAUGGAAUGCUAAAGGAUGGACUAUGGGAUGUCUAUAACGACUGUGGGAUGGGAAGUUGUGCAGAAUUGUGCGCUGAGAAGUUUCAGAUAACGAGGGAACAGCAAGAUGACUAUGCAGUUCAGAGUUUUGAGCGUGGUAUUGCUGCCCAGGAAGCUGGGGCCUUCACAUGGGAAAUUGUCCCGGUUGAAGUUUCUGGAGGAAGAGGUAGGCCAUCAACCAUUGUUGACAAGGACGAAGGUCUUGGAAAGUUUGAUGCUGCCAAGUUGAGGAAACUCCGUCCUAGUUUCAAGGAGAAUGGAGGCACUGUUACAGCUGGAAAUGCAUCUAGCAUAAGUGAUGGUGCAGCUGCUCUUGUCCUCGUGAGUGGAGCGAAGGCGCUUCAGCUAGGACUUCAAGUACUCGCAAAAAUUAAAGGUUAUGGUGAUGCAGCUCAGGAACCGGAGUUUUUCACUACUGCUCCUGCUCUUGCGAUACCAAAAGCUAUUGCACAUGCUGGUUUGGAAUCUUCUCAAGUUGAUUACUAUGAGAUUAAUGAAGCAUUUGCAGUUGUAGCACUAGCUAAUCAAAAGCUACUUGCGAUUAGUCCGGAGAAGGUGAAUGUAAAUGGAGGAGCUGUCUCUUUAGGACAUCCUCUAGGCUGCAGUGGCGCCCGUAUUCUAAUCACAUUGCUUGGGAUACUCAAGAAGAGAAACGGAAAGUACGGUGUGGGUGGAGUGUGCAACGGAGGCGGAGGUGCUUCUGCUCUUGUUCUUGAACUCCUUUGAUGCAUUAUGAAUUUAGGUAACGCACAUUCUGUGUAGUUUUUAUAGAUCGACGACAUAAAAUGCAAGAAAGGAACUCAUGAUCUCGUCCCAUGUGUGUGUUUUCUUUCCCUUAAUUGGUAAACUGAAUAGAUGGCUCUGUCUCUCUUCCAACUACCAAGAGUCACCAACUGCAAUUUAAGUUUUAUGUAAGUUGGUCUCUCAAUAAAAGAGAGUGAUUGUCAAUGUUGUUAAGUCUAUUUAUUUAUAUGAACUCGGGUUCUAUUUU